AUGAGUAACUUACACUGUGCUAUAGGGAACUGCAAAAUAAAUGCCCACAAUAAACCACCUGGAAUUUCUUUCCAUCCGUGCCCAGCCUCGAGUGAAAUGAGGAAUAAAUGGCUAAUGAUGCUUAAAAAUAAAUGUUCCAUGUUAGACUGGGCUAAAAGUAGAAUUUGUUCAAGGCAUUUUGAAAACAAAUAUUUUGAUUCCCAGAGGAAAUUAAAAGAGCAUGCCAUACCAACUCUUUUUCCUGCUUCUGCAAUGGAAAAACCUCUUAGAAAUGAUUCCACUCCAAUUUUUAAUGCAAAAACUGAAAGGUUGCUCAAUAAACAAGUUCAAUCUGACUUAAUGAUUGAUAUUAAGAGUAGUUUAAAUAAACUCAAAGAACCUACAAAUUUAGAUACUUUUGUCACUGAUGAAUUAAAAUGGAAACCAGACGCACCAAUGGAGGCACGUCUUUGGCUUAUGGUAAAAAAGCAAGAUCGUUUAAUCACUAUGUUAAUGGAAGAUCUUGCACAGAACAGAAAACAAGUGGAAACCAUGCGAAAAAAUAUGGAGGCUUCAAAAUUAUCCAAACGAGAAAUGGAACAAAAUUUUGAAUCAAUGAAAUACAUAGUUAAAAGUUUGCAAGAGAAGCAUGCUACGCUGGAGGAACAAAUUGAAAUAUUAACUGCAGUAGAAGCAAGAUAA